AAUGGCCUUUUGUAUAUAAAAUACGGUUAUAGAAUUUGAAACCCUUUAGCAUUCACUGAUAAGCUUAUCUAAUUUACAGUAAUUUUGAAAAUAUGAAAAAUGGAUGACGUGAUAGAUAAAUGUUUGGUUAUUUUAUGGACGUGUUAAAUACGUCAGUUUACGGGUAUUCACUUUAGGGGUUAUGUUUCCUUCAAUGUUGUGUUACAUUUAAAAUAUUCUCAAGUAAAUUUCCAAUAAUAUUAGAUAGCGUACAACGAUCAAAUACAGUGUUAUAUUUAGUGCAUUGAUUGGAGUGUUCUAAACUUAUUAAUUCACAAUCUAAUAGGGGUGAAUAACCUACCAUACACAGUAAAUAGGAAUAAUACCUAAUAAAGUUGGUAGAGAGUAUUGGUCCAGGAAUAAUACCUAAAACAGCAGUAUAGAGUUCUAAGACACCCUGUGUAUAUACAAGAGAUCUGGUUUGCCCAAAUGUAACAUUGAUUUUCUGUUUGUGGUGGUCAUCAAUUCCUGUGGCUUGCUCCGGGUCAUGGGGCGUCCACUCGUCACUGCUUGCAUCUUCUGCCUCUUCUGUUGCUCCCAUGUCAACUGCUCUUCUCACAAUAACCUGUUGGGAGUAAGUAAAAAACCAAUAUGGACAGACAACAAAGCUGAUUUCAUACACAAAGUGUUUGAAACGUAUGGAGAUGGAGAAACGAUGUCGCUUAAGGGCUUUGAAAAGUUGCUCAGAGAAGUUAGAUUAGAAAACCUAAUUGUUCCGAACAGUCAUUCAGUUUCCCAUGUAAAAAACUCAACAUCGUCUAACUCAACCCAGUACCACAUUGAUGAUAAAACAUCAUGUAUAUCCAGUGAAAUUCUGUUGAAUGGAGCUCAGGAGUUAACCAAAACCGCAUACCGGGAUGUCUGCCCUGUGCUGUUGUCUCAGUUCAUGCACAUCACACUACACCCUCCAGUGUGUGUGGCCCAACACAGACACGAUAAAGUACCAGACGAUAUUACUGCAGUGUGGCUGUACUCAACACUUAGCAUCAUAAUAAUCAGCCUGUGUGGACUACUCGGUGUGGCUGUGAUCCCUGUGAUGCAGCAGGUGUUCUACCAUCAGCUGAUCCAGUUCCUAGUGGCACUGGCAGUUGGUACGCUCUGUGGCGAUGCCCUCCUUCAUCUCUUACCACAUGCAAUGAUGGGAACUCAUAGCCACGAGCAUGAAGCAGAGAGCGACACUAGUGAUCAUGACACCAACAUCUGGCGUGGCCUGGUGGCCAUGCUGGGUGUCGUCUUCUUCUACUUCACAGAGAAGUGCCUGACCAUGGUGGCCGAAUGUAGGAAAAAGAGGCAGAGAAAAACUCAAUUGAUGCCCAAAAUAAGAGUCAUGAGGGAUGCUGACUCACCUACUAGUGGAACCAAAGUCGGAGAAAAGUUAUGCAAACACAAAUACAGCUCUUAUCCUUACUGCUAUGGAGAGAUUGCUGAUAAUCCAGAUAAUCACCAAAAAAUGGGAACUUGUGAUUUGACCGAGUCCAAUGCUGUCUGCAAGAGUAUCAGUCCAACUUCCAACAAGGAUGAAGAAGACAACCCUCUGUAUGAAAAAAAAUGUAACAACACUAAUGGGCCGGAUCUAACAAAAGAGAAUGAACUUAGCACGCAAAAGGCGUUACUUGAUACGAACGAUGGCAGCCAGACAGAUGAUCGGUACACUGUUAUCAUCAGGGAACAUGAAAAUGUUCAUCAUGGCCACUCGCACACGCACGGACAUGUGCACUCGGCUCCCCAGUCCAUGUCUUCUGUGGCUUGGAUGGUGAUCAUGGGUGACGGACUCCACAACUUCACUGACGGGAUGGCCAUUGGAGCUGCCUUCUCAGCCAACAUAGCCGGAGGCUUCAGUACGGCUCUUGCUGUCUUCUGUCACGAGCUUCCUCAUGAGCUCGGUGAUUUCGCAGUUCUGCUGAAAGCAGGAAUGAGUGCUAAGCAGGCCGUAUUUUACAAUCUCCUCUCUUCCAUCCUUUGCUUUGUCGGAAUGUGUUUUGGCAUUUUCCUUGGCCACGAUGAACAUAUGAGUCAAUGGGUAUUUGCCGCAGCAGCUGGGAUGUUUCUGUACAUUGCUCUUGUUGACAUGAUUCCUGAGUUGACAAGCAGUCACUCCAAGGAAGGUGGUUCACUGUGUCAGUGUGUUCUUCAUUUCGCAGGAUUGAUGUCUGGGAUUUUUAUCAUGCUCUUGAUUGCAGUCUAUGAGCACGAUCUCAAAACAGCUUUUGAUCAAUGAUGUGUUUCAGAACUCGUCUGAAGACUGUGCUAACAACGUUUGGGUGUCUGCCUGACGGUGCUAUGUGAUUGUUCCAGUCGAUUUUUUAGUCAAGCAUUUAAUAGUUUGAACUGUAUACCAUGAGUACUUUUCUGUAUAGUUUUCUGUACAGUUUGUUAUAGUUAGUUUGAACAAAAACCUCUCUGUGAACUAACUUGUAUUUAAGUCAUAUUAUAUUUUAAUAAUGCUGUGUAACAUAGAUAAAUUGUUGGUACAAUACUGUGAGCCAGUCCAAUACGGCCCAGAAGUAUUUAAUUGUUGUAUUGAAUUUUAAAGUCGGAAUUGUAAAAAUUGUUAAUAGCUUUAAUCCCUUCACAUGUUUUAUAACUGCCACGUAAUAUGAAAAUGGAACAUUGAAGGGUUAUGGUGAUAUCUACUGAGAUUAGGGGUUGCAGGUAGUUAAUUGUGUUUUUUUAUUUACUGCCGUUCAAUCCAGUGAUUAUUUAUUUAUUUUUUAUGUAUUUUCCAUUCAAUAGAGUAAUGAAGUAAGUUUUAAACCACAAACAAUAAAAUCAAAUAAUCCUUUUCUCAUUUUGUUGUACAAUGAUUGUACAGAAUGAUCUCACUAAACUACCAAACAUUUGAUUAUAAUCAAUUUAUUGCAUUAUUGAUAAAAAAAUAAAGCUUAAUGUUAACAGUCAGUAAGAUAUUAACCCUCCAUCUGACCAUAUAGUGACUUCUACAUUGGUAAGGUAAUUUCGGCCAAUUUGCAAGAGGUUUUAUAUCUGCACUGCUAGCAGUUACCCCAGUGUUAUGGCUGGCCCAAAGAAUUCAACAAACACCAAUACAGAUGCAUACUGCCAAAAAAAGUAGUACAUACUUUACAUUUUUAUCAGAAAACAUUUUGUUUUGUAAAUAAGUGUAUAUAUGUUAUAAUCCUUUUGUACACUACAAAACUGUGUAUAUUUUGUACAUUUAUAGUAUCUUACUAUAUCAAGUCAUGUGAAAGUUACAUAUAGUGAAACUUAGAAAAUAAAAAGUUUACAAUUCAAAUUUUAAAAUUUAUGUACAAAUAAAAAAACAUUACUCCAGUAAGUACACAUUUUUAUUAUUUUAAAAUUUUAUCUGGUUUCUAACAAAAAAAUUGAUACGUAACACUUAUUAAUCUGAAAAAAAUGCUGACAAAAACCAGUGUAUCGUUCUGGGAGUUUCAGUCGGGAGGGAUAAAGGCAAACAGAAAAUAUGUAAGAGCCAGUAAUUGAUAACAUUAAUUGUACUAAUAUUCUGGGGGCAACUAUGGAAGGUUUCUUUUCUGUACUGGUGUCUACUUAUUCUACAGAUUGCUAACUAACUGCACUUCGGUAAUUUCUGUAGCAGAUAACUUUCUCAUGCAUUCUUCAUCUAUUGGCCGGCAGUGGGUUAUAUUCGGGACCACGAUACUUUUGCAGAACUGUAAACAGGUCAAUAACGUGGUCAAAAUACGAUUGUUAAACUAUGAUUUCAGAAUAUUACAAUUAUUGAUGAGGAAAGUUGAAUCUCGAAUCCAAAUAAGUCUAUUCGCGGAUUUUUAACUUUUUGUAUGUAAAAAAUCUAGAUAGAUAAGCAAAUUAACAAAUUACAAAUAAUAUUUUAAUUAUAAUUAGUAUUUUCUGUUUAUUUUGGCGCAUCAUCACCAGUCUGCUACGUCCAUUAAUGGACAACUGAUCGGAAGUACUCAAAUUACCCAUACUUACAAAAAAUUCCCUUUGAAAUAUAAAUAAUUUUAAGCCUUCUGACAUUGAUGCUGUCACUAACUGCUUAACAACUUAAUAUAUUACUUACGAUGAGGAUUAUUGGAAAUUUUAAUACCCAUUUGGUGUAGUUUAAAUUGUUGGGUACACGUAUCUACCGUAUUUGUUGGGUUUAAUAAACUCUGAUGGUUUAGUAUGUGGUAGAAAUGAAGGUGACAAACCGACUCAUUCCAAGUGGUCCUGUAGUAGGAGGGUUAAUAUUAUUACAACAAAUGAAAGUUGCAAAUAUCAUAAUAUAGCCAAAUUGUUUAAAAAGCACUUUUAAUAAUACUUAGAGUUCAGAGUAAAAAUAAAUUUUCAUGUUCAAAAUGUGAAUGAAAGGAUUUCAUUUUUCUGAUUUGCUUUGCAAUGUAAUAUGAUGUUAUGGAAAUAAAAAAAAGUUUGGACUUGAAUUUAACAGUCAAGUAAUAUUCACAUAUGAAACAUAAUUGAAGUUUAUAAAAAACAGCUUCAAUUAAAUUUGUUCUUCAAUUUUUUGUUGAAUAAAUAUAAAGCAUUAUAGUUUUAGUCAGAAAAUGAAGUUCAUCUUUCCAGAAACAUAUUUCUUCCCUUUGUUGUUCCAAAUAUAAAUUAAUAAAUUAUGUAGUACCCACAAAUGCUUUCUAUUAAUUUGAUAUUACUUCAUAAUCAAUGGAAAGAUUGCUUUUCUUAUUCCUGAGUUCUUUUUCUUUAUUUAGGACUUAGAAGUAACGUGUAACAUUUAUUUUUGUCUUACCUGCAGCCUCUAAACAUUUUCAGAUAAGGAAAAUAUACAGUAGAGAUAGGUAUAAAUUAGGUUAUGAUCGAGAUAAAUGUGAAACACUGCAAAUUAAUUAGUCUUAACAAAUAGUAAACUGUGUUAUUUUAGAUUUUAAUACUGUAUUUGACUUGCCUUUCUUGUUGUUUGUGCAGGAUAACCACCAAGGUUUGCUUAAUUAGUUGUAUUUGUGUUUUAAACAUCAAUGGGUCUACUGUUUGCACUUAUUUUAUCAUUUCGUUUAGUUUGCCUUAUUGCAAUAUAAGUUACAGGGAUUUUCUUUUACCUCAUUGCAGCUUGAAGUCUUUACCGCAAGACAAAACAUAGUGUGGUGUCAGCCCUUAGAUAAAGAAUUUAUGGUUUGUUUGUAUAGUAUUCUUUGUUGUUUCGUUUAUUUGCAGAGAAAAGCAUUUUAAAUCCAGAUUUUUUGAAUCUGGGAUAUCUCAGAUCGAGGACCAGUGAUAUCGUACGAUACUUAACUUAUUUUAACAGUAUACAUUUGUAUUGUAUUCUCCUGUACUAUAUUUUUAAGUAUCUAUGGAGAGAGAUGUUGUUUCAAGUUACUGUAGUAUUUUUUUAUGUUUGUCAGUUUUUUGCUGGUAUUCAACAAACAAUUAACAUUUUGUAAAAAAGA